AUAAUAAUAAUAGUAAUAAGAGGAAGAAUAAGCGUGGUGGAUAACAUAGUGUGCACCUUGCACGCACACUCAAUAACUCACUGCUUUAUUCCACUUAGACAUAAAGGCCCAUAGUCUGCUCUGCCAAAUGUCUGUAACAUGGCUAAUAGAGUUCAGACAAAAGAAUGACUUACUAAUAAGUAAAAAAUGAAUUUCCCACCUGUAUGGUUGUGGAGCAAACACGCUGGCUGAGCUUGUAUGUUACUGGUGUGAGGGGAACAGCUGAGUAAUGUUACGUACGUUACUUGUAAUUAUUACGUUUAUCUACGUAGCUUUCUAAUAGCCAGUACAGUAAACAAAGCUAUAAUACAAGGACAAAGCUACAAAACAAGGACAGCAUCAGUUCAGUCCAUGAGCUCCACCUGGAUAUUGUCCGGUUUUAAUGACGUCAGGCUGCCUGUUCAUGUAGGCUUCUGGACUGAAAGAAGUAGCAAGUAGUAACUUUCAGAAUCACUUUAUUGGCCAGGUGUGUGUACACACAAGGAAUUUGACUCCAUUUACAUGUUGCUCUUAAUGUAUGUAUAUGUAUGGACAAUUUGUGUACACACACCUGGCAAAUAAAGGUGAUUCUGAUACUUACUGAAUGAGUACAAUGUAUAUUUAUGCCUGUGCUCUUAAUCAUAUUUUUCAUAUUUCUGUGUUAUUGUUUUACUUCCCUACCUAACAGCCCUCCACUUCAAUGAAAGUGCUGGGCGUCCCUAAGCUACAACAUCAGCUGGUGAGCUGCUAUUCAGAUUGAACUUCCCAACAACAGCUAAGACAGUGAAAGUAAAACCAACCGUUGUCCUCUGACAGGGUGUAACCAGGAGAAAAAUCUCUGGACUGACCUUUUCCAUGAAGACCCAGAAGGCCCGAGAUGCUACAACAACUUCACCUACCUGCCGUGGGAAGUCUCGCUUCACCUUACGAGGCAGAAAGAAAAAAGACGGGGUGAUCCAAGGCAAGCUUCGCAUCCGCUCCAUGCCUGGAGCUUUCCUGGUGCUGGGGGUCAUCGUUGUGGUUGUUGGCACCGCUCUUGCUGUGGCUGGAUACUGGCCCUACCGGAUAGCAAGAUCAUCUAUCCUGGGAGCUGCAGAGGGGGAAAGUAUUUCUGAGUCACAGACUUCUGGCUGGAGUCUGGGAGCUAAGGGUUUCUUAUCUGCAGCCAGCCUCAUCCACAGUGAGCGGAUGAAGCUGCUGGGACCUGUCAUUAUGGGGGUGGGACUCUUCAUCCUCAUAUGUGCCAAUACAGUCCUGUACGAGAACAGGGACAGAGAGACUCAGAUGCUGUUGGCCCAGAUGCGCAGUGUAAUGUGCUCUGUCUCUACAGUUAUUCCCUCAGCAGAAUUGAAAGAAAUAGCAGCAACAAACUCAAUGGCCACACAAUACCAGUGGGUAAGCACUUUGCCAGCCACCCAUCUCAACAUCCUCUGUCUACAGCAGCUAACCAGCUCUGAGCCAUUGCUCCAGACAAAACACCUCACAGACCAGGAGGGCAGUGUGCAGGGCAUCUACCAGCAAGCUGUUCUCCAGACAGACGCUCUCCACCACCAGGAGUUAGAGUCCCCACCAUCAUCCCUCCACUCCUCCCUCUCCAACUCACAUAAUUCCAAACCGGCAGACUUUAAGACACAGUCGGGUGCUGAGCACAGGGGUAGUACCAGCUUUAAUCCACAGUCCAUCCCACUCAUGAAGCUUAACAACUGCCUGGUCUGUGCCAGCUCCAUGUCCACACUGGGGGUGGAUGAGGUGGAUAUCCCAGCUUCCCAGCCAAGGCGGUGCCACAGUAUGAGCUACAGGACUAACCCUUUCAUGGCCCGAACUGUUGUGCAUCUGGAGGAAAGAUUUCACACACCUAGAGAAGAGGGUCAAAUGAAUCAGCUGGUAGUGAGAGAGGCUGGUUCACAGGUUUGCAUCAACAUCCUAGAGCAUGUUGCGGAUGCUGGAGAGGAGCGAACUCACCAAAGCUGGCCUCAGCUAGACCUGAGCAGCUGCCGGCGAUACCUGAAGCUAGAGAACAAAGAAGACUCAGUGGACAAACUGCUGGAUCAGUUAGAGAAGCAGUGUUCUCAGUGGGAUAGGAGUUUUGGCUCUGGGCCUUUCCAGUGAUGACUGUUUUUGCUUCACCGCCCUGAGGGUACUAUUGGAUAUAACCACCAUGACAACCAAGGAGUCAUGAUUUGAUGAUUUUUGCCUGGAUUCUAAAACUGCACUAUUUAUUUUUUUUAAUUCUGUGUGGUGCAGAGAAAAACUAAACCCUGUAACAUUUGGAGUAUGGUAUCUCUCUGAAAGUAAGGAAAAAUCAGCUUGCAUCUUUCCUAUGUCUGUUUUCAGGAUGCUGUGUGCACAAUGUAGAAAAGGAAAGAUGGAAGGGUGUAGGAGGGUAGGAGGAAUUGUUUUCACUGUGCAAUCAAUUCUGAACCAAACUACAUGGACUCCUGAGCCCAUAAAGUGCUGACAGCUCUAAACAAAUGCAAAUAGUAUAUACAAUUGGGUCUAGUACUCCAAAUGCAAUGCAUGGCAGUGAUGUACAGUAUGUUACAUCAUAAUACUUAUGCAGAAUAAUGUCAUUGUUGGUUUUAUGUGUAUACAAAGUAAUGAUAGUUAAUUCUGAUUUAUUAUGACUUGGGUCUUAUUUUCUUAGAUUUGUUUGUCUUUGUUGAGUCCCCAUGAUUAUUUUCACUAAGGGCCCUUACCAACGCACACAUACCUACACACAAACAGAACACGGCCAAGCAAUCCUCACAUAAUGUGUGGUACUCCAUGUUAAAGUUACAGCAUAUUACAUGCUUAUUAUUUGUGUGUUUUAUGAACAUUAUUUUGGUAUAUUAUGUCAAUCAGGUUUCACUUCUGUUUUAUUAUAUGUACACCAUCAUACUUUAUCUUUAUAGGUAAAAAAACCCACAUGUGGAUAACAAGUGAGUAAAUCAAUGCAUACAUGUCCCAAAUGCUAGCUGACAAAGAAUACAGAGAUGAAAAUUAAAUGUGACAUACAUAAAAAAUGACAGAGACAAAUAUUCUACCUACAUCAGUUGACCCACUCUAGAAAGAUCUAACUCCUGGAUGAGGUCUGAGUACAUUAUGUUCAGGUGUUUUUGUGUCAUCCAUGUUAAGUAGUACUUAGUAGUGCAUUCUCUUAGUGACGAUUCAUUUUUGUGAAAAAAGAUAUUAAUGACAGUUAGUUAGAGAUCGGACGCAGAAGUAAAUGCUAUUCUCAGUGCCAGAAAACUUUAUAUACUACUGUUUAGCAUGUAAGCAGUAUAUAAACAUUUAAUAAUAAUAAAUGGUUUAUAACAAUA